AUGUCAUUAACAGAACAGCUGGCGAGUCUUGGCCAGGUCGCAGACAUGGCCGCCAAGGACGCCGCGCUAUACGAGCAGUAUGUGCCGUCUCUACUGGAGCUGGCUUCUCGUCCCGAGAAGGAGCUGCAACAGUGGCUGGCGGACUUUCUGCUUGAUGCGCUGGCGUCGGUAUUGGCGCUGGAGAAACGACGCGAGCUGGCGCUCAAGGCGCUGACGGUGGUGGACAAGUUGCUGAAUGGAGAGCCCAAAACCCCUAUUCUCCUUUCCGCCCUCAUCUACCCCCUGGUCUUCUCCGCGGUCUCCCUCAACCCGAAACUCUCCUCCGAAUGGUCCACUCUGACCUCCCUCAAAGAGCGGAUCACGUCCAUCUGGAGCAACGACCCUUCACCCUCGGUCGAAAUAGCAUGCAUCAAAUUUGCCCAGCAGCUCGUGCUCGUCCAGUCACGGGGCCAAUCAGGUCCUGCUGACCCGCGUCUGGCCGCCAGAUCAAAGCCGUCAGCCGAGGCCAACAUGAGCAUGGUGCCGCCUAACCACCCGCUCAUCCACAGAUCACUCGAGGCCGAGGGCCAGGGUAGUCUGGACCGCCUCCUAGGCAACCUCACUGGUGACGACUUGUCACAUGACAACCAGAAAAUCGCAGAACCCAUUUUCACAGCAACCGUGUUUGCUCUGGCCCCCAUUCUCAAACAAAGACCCGAGUACGGCAACAGAAUUCUGCAAACGGUGUUGGCGGUGGACCCGGUGGCUAUGGAGACGAAAUUCACUUCCAAACUCGCCGUUCGCUUCUGCGAAAAGUCGCUCAAAAUGCUGGUUACCCACUGCUUACGUAACAAGAUCCACGUGCAGCUGCGACACAGAAUGGAACGGUUUCUGGCCGAGGUGGGCCGAAAACGACCGGCCCCAGUCGACGAUCACGUGACCAAGCGCCAGAAGACGGAGGAGCCGACCACCAAUGCAUCUACACCUACUCCUGUAUCCAUGAGCACCACCAUGCCCCCCAAUGCAGACUCAUAUAGCGCUCUGUUCACUCUGAUUCCUGCCAACGACCCGUUGGUGGCUUUCGACGCCCGGACGUUACCCCAGCAACUGGCGCUUCAAAUCGCGCUCACCGGUUUGCUGAGCGUAGACGAAGCGGUUCUUAGAAGUCGAGUUGGAGUGGUGAAGCAAAGAUGGGACAAUUGGCAACAACAAGAAAAGGCCAAGGAAGAGGCCAAGAAGUCCAGAUCUGAGUCACGUGAUAUCCAGAACAGACGAAGCGAGUCGCGAGACUACCGGUCCGGGUCCCGUGAAGACGACGACGACGAGAGGGACGACUCCCGAUCUCGCGGACGGGCUCAGUCGCACAACACCGGUUCCCGCUCUCGAUCCCGCGACGUCUCCAUGGAAUCACGCGACUCUCCUGUUUCACGUGAUUCCUCGCUCGACUCCCGAGUUUCUUCCGACUAUUCACAGACCGAAACCGACUCAGCAGUCACUUUCCAACUGCCACCCCCCGAGCCCCUUUCAGAGUCUGAAAAGCUUACGGCCGGAACCGAAAUCGUGUCGCGGUUUUUGACACAAAAGGACGUAGCGGUGGCAACAGCCAAGUCGCUGGAUAUCCAGAAGAAUGCCAUUUCCAAGCUGGCUAUCAACGAAUGGACCGGCGGUUCGUGGAUGGUGAUUUUGAGUCGAUUGUUGAGCCGUGGUCUUGCUUAUGACCCCGAAACCGAGCCUGCCGACUCUCUCAAGGUCCAACUUUCCACUCACAUUCGAAACCAGCUGUUGAACAUGGCCACUACGGCGUUUACAGCGAAUUUCGAGGACGUCAUGACCUGGCUCAACGAAGAAUGGUACUCGGAGCUGAUCCGGUACGGUAAAGUUACUCCAGCCACGUCUGUCUACUACGAGUAUGCUUCCCGUAUCAUGGACACUCUUGUUCAGACCAUUGAUCCCGACAACUGGAAGUAUUUCAUCAGACUGGUGGGCGAGCUUCCCGAGCUCGAUUACGGCCUGGUUAGUAAGCUCAAGCAUCUUCUGAUUGACCCUGAUCGGUCGGUUAUUGGUGUUCGGUCGCUCAAGUAUCUUAUCAUGCUGCGUCCUCCUACCCGAGACUACUGUCUCGAUGUCAUUGAGGAGGUUUACCAGGAGAAUGAGAGUCUGAGAGGCGGUUUCAAGCAGGUUCUGGGCAAGUAUAGACCGUUGGUUGUUGAAGGAGUUGAGAGGAAGAUGUUGGAGGUGAAGAAGGAGGAGGCUUCUGAGGAGCCCAAAGCACAGGUGAAGCAGGAGCAAUAG